GGAAGAGAGACCUGUAGCUCGCGGGUACCGGCGCUCCACCUUCAGCCCAAGUAGACCUCCUCCUUGCGCUCGGGUGACCAGUUACCAACAUGUCAGCGUGGGAGUCUUUUUACAAAAACGAGGGCGAUGAAGAAGAAGAACAGGAGGAGGGCCUUGACGCAGGCGGAGAAUAUACAUAUUCAGGAAGAGAUAGUUUGAUUUUUUUGGUUGAUGCUUCUAGGGCCAUGUUUAAAUCAGAAGGUGAAGAUGAAAUGACUCCUUUUGACAUGAGCAUCCAGUGUAUCCAGAGUGUGUACACCAGUAAAAUCAUAAGCAGUGAUCGAGAUCUCUUGGCAGUGGUGUUCUAUGGUACCAAGAAGGACAAAAACUCAGUGAAUUUCAAAAAUAUUUACGUCUUACAGGAGCUGGAUAAUCCAGGUGCUAAACGAGUGUUAGAGCUUGCGCAGUUUAAGGGGCAGCAGGGAAAGAAACAUUUCCAAGACCUGAUUGGCUGUGGAUGUGACUACUCACUAAGUGAAGUGCUGUGGGUCUGUGCCAACCUCUUUAGCGAUGUCCAGUUCAAGAUGAGCCAUAAGAGGAUCAUGCUGUUCACCAAUGAAGAUGACCCCCAUGGCAAUGACAGUGCCAAAGCCAGCCGGGCCAGGACCAAAGCUGGGGAUCUCCGUGACACAGGUAUCUUUCUUGACCUGAUGCAUCUGAGGAAACAUGGAGGCUUUGACAUAUCCUUGUUCUACAGAGAUAUCAUCAGCACCGCAGAGGAUGAGGACCUAGGGGUUCACUUCAAGGAGUCGAGCAAGCUAGAAGACCUGUUGAGGAAGGUCCGAGCCAAGGAGACCAGGAAGCGCCCACUCAGCAGGUUGAAGUUUAAGCUCAACAAAGAUAUAGCAUUCACUGUUGGCAUUUAUAAUAUGGUCCAGAAGGCUCUCAAACCUCCUCCAAUUAGGCUUUAUCGGGAAACAAAUGAACCAGUGAAAACCAAGACGCGGACAUUUAAUGUAAAUACAGGCAGUUUGCUUCUGCCAAGUGACACCAAGAGAUCUCAGAUCUAUGGGAGUCGUCAGAUUGUGCUAGAGAAAGAGGAGACGGAACAGCUAAAACGGUUUGAUGAACCAGGUUUGGUUCUCAUCGGUUUCAAGCCCUUGCUAAUGCUGAAGAAGCACCAUUACCUGAGGCCCUCCCUGUUCGUGUACCCCGAGGAGUCCCUGGUUAAUGGGAGCUCCACCCUGUUCAGUGCUCUGCUCACCAAGUGCCUGGAGAAGGAAGUCGUGGCAGUGUGCAGGUACACCCCCCGCCAGAACAUCCCCCCUUAUUUUGUGGCCUUGAUGCCACAGGAAGAGGAGCUGGAUGACCAGAAAAUUCAAGUGACUCCCCCAGGCUUCCAUCUUGUCUUCUUACCCUAUGCCGAUGACAAACGGAAGGUGCCCUUUCCUGAACAAGUCCUGGCAAACCCAGAGCAGGUGGACAAGAUGAAGGCUGUUGUUCAGAAGCUCCGCUUCAAAUACAGAAGUGACAGCUUUGAGAACCCAGUGCUGCAGCAGCACUUCAGGAACCUGGAGGCCUUGGCUUUGGACUUGACGGAGCCCGAACAAGCAGAAGAUCUGACAUUGCCGAAGGUUGAAGCAAUGGAUGAAAGACUGGGUUCCCUUGUGGAUGAGUUUAAGGAGCUUGUCUACCCACCAGAUUACAACCCUGAGGGGAAAGUUCCCAAGAGAAAACAAGGUGAUGAAGGUGCUGGAAGCAAAAGGCCCAGGAUGGAGUUAUCGGAAGAGGAACUGAAGGCCCACGUCAGCAAGGGCACGCUGGGUAAGCUCACUGUGCCCGUGUUGAAGGAAGCCUGCAGGGUGUAUGGACUGAAGGGCGGGAUGAGGAAGCAGGAGCUGCUGGAUGCGCUGGCCAAGCACUUCCAGAAGGACUGACAGAGACCCUCCGUCCGCCACCCUUCCACCUGUAGCCAGGCUGCCUGACAGAAGCCAGAACUUUACAUUUAUGAGACUUUCUGUUGCUAAGGAGGCAAAGUAGUCCUCCCACCUUGUUGUGCCUUAUUCUGUCUGAAUAGAGCCCUAAUUUUGUACUGUA